UUUGUCUCAGUUUUCUCAUCCAGGUUUAGAUAGAUUUCAGUAAAAGAAAAUGGGCCAGGAGUGGACUGUAGGGUUUUGUUCAGUGAAAACGUCUCUACCCACCGCUGCACAUAGCUGAAUUUUCAAACACCUUUCACAUUGUAAUUUCAACUGAGAGAUAUUAGAGCGAAAAUAUAUUUCAGGCAAAGAUAAGAAACAGCUUAUUUUAUAAUCACUAGCAAUUAUUUAUUCCUAAUAAUUUCACAAAUAAUUCUUUGUGCCAGGCGUUGUGCUGUAUCACAGGACUGAUACGGCGUUAUCCACAUUUCAGAUGAGGACACCACUGAGGCCCGCUGAAGUUAGGUGACAGCUCCGAUCGCCCAGCUAGCGUGGCAGGGGCAGGAGCGACCCCCCCACCCCACCAACGUCUUUUGACCCAAAUGGAGCUCUUUUGCAAGCCACGUCCAGACACCCAUGUUUGAUUCUUAUGCUCUGUCCAUAUUGGCUGGGAAACUUUCCCUAAAUUCAGAAGGGACCGUUUAGUGUCAAAGCAAGCGGGCGUCAGUGUCCCCAGCUGUGAGAUGGGGAUGCCCUGCCUCAGCGCCGUCUCUUCUCGCAGCCGGUGCAGGGCCGAGCGAGGGAGGCAGCCCCGCUGGGAGGUGAAGUCUUCCGGCCGCCCGGGGAGGGAGGCAACGCCCGGGCGGCAGGGGGCGGGUUUUCGGCGGCGCCUACCCCGGGGCGGGCGCGGCCCGUUUGCCUGCGCGGCCAUGGCGCUCCCGCUCACCGCUCUGCGCGUGCUGCUGGGCAGCUUCUUCGCGCUCACGGGGGCGGCCAAGCUCUCGGAGCACAUCUCGGCUCCGGUGUCGGAGCAGAUGAAAGCCCUGUUCGUGCAGUUCGCUGAGGUGUUUCCGCUGAAGGUGUUCGGCUACCAGCCAGAUCCCAUGAGCUACCAAGUGGCUGUGGGCUGGCUGGAACUGCUGGCUGGGCUGCUGCUGGUCCUGGGCCCACCGAUGCUGCAAGAGAUGAGUAACUUGAUUUUGACACUGCUCAUGAUGGGGGCUAUCUUCACUUUGAUGUCUCUAAAAGAGUCACUGAACACCUGCAUCCCAGCCAUCGUCUGCCUGGGGCUCCUGCUGCUGCUGGAUAUCUGCUAGCUCUAAGUCCAAACCAGAAAAGAUGUCCAGACCCACUAGGAAGAAGUCUCCAAGUCCAUUCAAGGAAUCCUGGGAGUAGAGUGUCUUGUCCCUUCAGGCCAUGUCACUGUCAAAGCAGAAACGUGGUGGAACACAGCAUCACCUUGUUACCCAUAUACCCAAGGGUGGCCAGUGUUGAAGUAGACAUCUGGUCUGCCUGGCCCUGCUUUCUCAAGUAGACAUCUGGUCUGCCUGGCCCUGCCUUUCGCUUGGACAUUUUACUGCUCUUUUUUUGAAGAGUCCAUGUUACAUACUCUUAGCAUUCCUCAUGUCAUGUGAAAGUAAAUUUAAAUCACCCGAACUUUUAAUGCCCCCAAAUAACUAUUGAUACUUUCUAUUCCUUUGUAUAACUGUACCUCCCAACUUUUUUCUGUAUCUUUAUUCAGUUGUUUUUAAUGAAAAUGAGACUGUAUGUACUACUUUAUUUUGCUUGCUUUCUAAACCUAACACACUGUGACUAACACCA